AUGCGAAAGAAAGAAGGAAAACAAGGAGGAAGAGAAAAAACAAAAGGAAGAAAGGAGGAGAAGGAGGAAACGAUAAGAGGAGAAGGAAGGAGGAUGAACAAAAUGAGAAGAAGAAAUAGAAAGAGUAGGAAAAAAGAGGAGAUAAGAGGAGCAGUAGAGGGAAGGAGGAGGAGGAGCAAGAGAGGGGAAAGAGGAGGAAAAUUGAAGGAGGAGAAAGAGAAGGAAGAAGAGGAAAAAAGAGAGGAGAAGAAAAAUGAGAAGGAGUUGUCUCUUCCAAAGGAGUUGGAGGAAGAGGAAGAGAAGAAGGAGGAGGAGAGGGGAAAAGAAGAAGGAGAAGUAGGAAGGAGGGAGGAAAAGGAGGAGGAAGGAAGAAAAACAAGAGGAGGAGGGGGGAGAGAAGGAAGAAGAAGAAGGAGUAGGAAAGUGGAAAGAGGAGGAAAAUUGGGAAGAAAAAAGAGGAAAUUGAUGGAGUUGGAGGAGGAGGAAGAAGAAGAGGAACGAGAAGGGAAAAAGGAGUAG